AUGUUUAAAGAACCAUUGUUUUCUUUCGUGAUAUUGUUCUCCUUGUUUACACGAUUAGAAACUAAAAUUCUUCGUGGACACCUGGUUACGCGUGAAAAUUGGGCCUUUUUAGCGAGAUUCUGCUUUCUAACGGAACAAGGUACGUUUCGAUAUGAAUUUGAAUUAGGAGGAGAAGAGAAAGAUUUAAAAUUAUUGUUGUACUACGACGCGCCCGAUCAAUGGCCCAGCGUUUAUCCUUCAAAUAAAACAUGUAUCGAAAAGGAGGCUAUACUAUGGGAUGGAAUUGGGCAAAUAGUACCAUUAUCAACACUUGUAUCAGAACAAUCUGGUUGUACCGAAGAAGAUACAGCGGUUCGGUGUUCUAGCUACCGAAGGUUUCGAUCGUCUCGUCCGAGAUGGUGGUUCAUCGCGUUAGCAGAUUGUUCUUCAAACACUGGACUGAAUAUUUCGUAUUGGGUAUCGCUAACGAAUGCACAGCAUGGCAGUUUCUGGAGAGAACAUUUCUCAGCAGAUGAAUUCUAUAUAUUGCCAGAGUUGAUAGCAAUUAGUUGCAUAUACCUUAUACUUGUGAUACUAAGCUUUCACAUUGCCGUGCAAUUAAGAGCAAGACGGCUUUUACACGUGUCUUAUAAAAUAUUUAUGGCUUCUCUGCUUUGUCAAUUGGUGGGAAUACUGUUUGAGAUUUAUAGUUAUAUGAAUCUUGGAUUACGAGGAGUGCCAUCAGAGAACGCUUCCUUGAUAGGACAACUUUUAGAAGCCUGUUCGGAUAUUUUAUUCACUGUACUUAUAUUACUACUUGCGAUCGGUUUUACGGUAACAAAAAGUGUGUUAACAGCGAGACAAACUCGGUGGCUUGUAUUCUUCGUUUGUUUCACUUCUUUCUGCCAGUUCUCGUUAUACAUUUACCAGUCCGAUGUAUUUGACCCUGGAUUGGUAUUGUAUAUUUAUGAAUCACCGCCAGGCUACAUGUUAAUAGCGCUAAAGAUGAUUGCUUGGAUUGUAUUUUCGCUUCGUUGUCUAAAGACGGUAAAAAAAAUGUCGACAAAGCUUCAUUUUUAUGGUUCAUUAUUUUCCUUGGGAUCAGCAUGGUUUCUAUGUCAUCCGUUUACGAUACUCUGCAUUACUUUAUUAGUAGACGAAUGGAUAAGAGAAAGCGUUGCUAAAGGAUGCUCAUUAUGGAUUGUUUUUGUGGGACAUGUAGUAUUUUUGUACAUAACCCGACCAUCUGUGGCUAACAAACGUUUCCCGUUUCAUAUUCGAACGUGUCAAGUUAUGCCGAUCGGUGGUGACGGACAGGAUCACAGUUACGAACCCCAAUUUAGGACGGCAAAUUCUGCAUUUACUAUUUCACAUCUACCACCGCCUAUUUCCUAUCAGUGA